AUGGCUGUAAACGUAUACUCGACCAAUGUUACGUCGGAUAAUCUAUCGAGGCACGACAUGCUGGCCUGGGUCAACGAAUGCCUCCAGAGCCAGUUCACCAAGAUAGAGGAGCUCUGUACGGGGGCCGCCUACUGCCAGUUCAUGGACAUGCUCUUUCCCGGCUCGGUGCAACUCAAACGGGUGAAAUUUCGAACCAACCUCGAGCACGAGUACAUCCAGAAUUUCAAGAUCCUCCAAGCUUCGUUUAAAAAAAUGCAAGUCGAUAAGAUCGUGGCGGUGGAUAAGUUGAUCAAGGGCCGGUUCCAGGACAAUUUCGAGUUCCUGCAAUGGUUCAAGAAGUUCCACGACGCCAAUUACGCCGGCGGCGGCGAGUACGACGCGAGGGCGGCGCGCGGCGGCGAAUUUUUGGGCGGCUUCGAGAUGAGAAAGUCGGCGCGGGAGGCGCUGCGGAGCGUCGCUCGUCGUUCGAUUUUACCGAUGCCGAAGAAGCCGUUUGAUGUCGAGAAACCGAAGGCGAAUCCGAAGGCGCCUCUGCCCAAGGCGACAUCGAAGCAAAGUUCGAUAAAGUCCCAGCCGUCGGUGACGAAAAAUCAGGCAGGAGACGCGAGUAAAAUAGAAGAAUUGACGAAUCAAUUGGGCGAAUUUAAACUGACUGUGGAAGGACUGGAAAAAGAAAGGGACUUUUACUUCGGGAAAUUGAGAGAUAUCGAAGUGGUGUGUCAGGAUUCCGGGGAGGAGCAGACGAGCAAAGAGGAUUUGAUGCAAAAAAUCUUGGAUAUUCUUUAUGCUACAGAGGAAGGAUUUGCUCCGCCUGAAGAAAGCGAAGGAGAAGGCGAGGCGGACGAGUAUUAA